AUGUCACUUCAUAGCAUUAAUCAACAUGAUGAACUUACAUAUCAACCAAUUAAUAUUCAUGAUGCAACUACUCGUGAAAUUUUGUUACCUCAAAAAUUAUUACUCAAUCCGAAACCAAUCUCUUCAAAAUCAAUUACAUUCCUUGAAAAUAUUAAAGCGAAAAAAUCCAUCGACGUAUUUUCAUUAGGUUCCAUACUUUAUUAUUUAUGUACCAAGAAAUUAUUAUAUGAUAAUAUUGAAGAAUUGGAAAAAUUGGUGAGAGAGAAGAAAAAGAAAAUAAGAAAAAAGAUAGGAAAAACUAGGGAAGACUAUAAUAUAGAAAUUACAAUUCCAAUAUGGACAGAAACAUCAGAUGAGAAUAAAAAUUGGUUAAAAGAGGUUAAAAAGAUGCAUCAUACUUUGCACAAGAUAUUUGAUGCAGAAAUAAAAGAAGCAAAUUAUAAGAAAAUUAAAGAACAAAUUAUUAAAAGAAAUAAAAACUUUUUGGAUAACAAAAAAAUAGUUAUUCAAAGUUUACUAAAUAAAGAAAGACCAAGAAUAGUAACAGAUAGUUUAACCAGAAUAACCAACAAACAAAUUGAAGUAAUAACAGAUCCAGAAGAAAUAAAACAAGAAAUCAAAAAUGUAUUUAGUCAUUGGAUCACACCAAAAAACAUAGAAGAUCUGAAUCAAUACCAAGAAUGGAAACAGACCUACAAUCAAAAUAAUGAAAUACGAGAGGAAUG